UGCAGCGGAGGCGGCUGCGGGUGGCGGCUUCAGACGGCGGCUCCCGGCACCUGGUGGGACGGGGAGGGAGCUCGCGGGACAGCCACCUUCUGGAAAGAUGGUUCUUCAUUUGAACUCCCUCUUUGGCUUCCCUGUCUUACUUCUGUACCAUUGGAUGGGAACAUCUUUGCCUUUGAAUCUAGAAGAUCCCAAUGUGUGUAGCCACUGGGAAAGUUACUCAGUUACAGUGCAAGAGUCAUAUCCGCAUCCUUUUGACCAAAUUUAUUAUACCAGUUGUACUGACAUCCUAAACUGGUUUAAGUGCACACGACACAGGAUCAGUUACCGUACUGCCUACAGACACGGUGAAAAAACAAUGUAUAGGCGUAAAUCCCAGUGCUGCCCUGGAUUUUAUGAAAGCAGGGAAAUGUGUGUCCCUCAUUGUGCUGAUAAAUGUGUUCACGGUCGUUGUAUUGCUCCAAACACCUGUCAGUGUGAGCCUGGCUGGGGAGGACCUAACUGCUCCAGUGCAUGUGACAGUGACCACUGGGGACCUCACUGCAGCAGCCGUUGCCAGUGCAAAAACGGAGCCUUGUGCAACCCCAUCACUGGAGCCUGCCACUGUGCAUCAGGCUUCAAAGGCUGGCGCUGUGAGGAACGCUGCAAUCAAGGGACAUAUGGAAAUGAUUGCCACCAAAAAUGCCAGUGCCAAAACGGAGCCACCUGUGACCAUGUGACUGGAGAGUGCAGGUGUCCUCCUGGAUACACCGGUGCCUUCUGUGAGGACCUCUGUCCCCCUGGCAAGCAUGGGCCACAGUGCGAGGAGAGGUGCCCGUGCCAGAAUGGAGGGGUCUGUCACCACGUCACCGGGGAGUGUGCCUGCCCGCCAGGAUGGAUGGGCAUGGUCUGUGGUCAGCCUUGUCCUGAGGGUCAUUAUGGGAGAAACUGUUCCCAGGAGUGCCAGUGCCACAACGGAGGGACCUGUGACUCAGCCAUAGGGCAAUGCCACUGCAGCCCGGGUUACACAGGGGAACGAUGCCAGGAUGAGUGUCCAGUGGGGACUUAUGGAGUGCAGUGUGCUGAGACCUGCAAGUGUAUGAAUGGUGGGAAAUGUUACCAUAUUAGUGGUGCCUGUGUCUGUGAGCUGGGAUUCACCGGAGAGCACUGUGAUAUAAGGCUUUGCCCUGAGGGAAUUUAUGGUCUCAAGUGUGAUAAAAAGUGUCCCUGUCACAUGCCGAAUACCUGGAGCUGUCACCCUAUGUCUGGGGAGUGCUCCUGCAAGCCUGGCUGGUCUGGACUCUACUGCAAUGAGACAUGUUCCCCAGGAUUCCAUGGUGAGUCAUGUCAGCAGAUCUGCAGCUGCCAAAAUGGUGCUGACUGCGAUAGUGUGACUGGAAAAUGCACCUGUGCCCCUGGAUUUAAGGGGGCUGCUUGUGGUACUCCUUGUCUUCCGGGGACAUACGGAGUAAACUGUUCAUCUGUGUGCAACUGCAAGAAUGAAGCCAUCUGUUCACCAGUAGAUGGUUCUUGUGAAUGCAAAGCAGGUUGGCAUGGUGUAGACUGCUCAAUAAACUGUCCCAGCGGUACCUGGGGACUUGGAUGUAACUUAACUUGCCAGUGUCUGAAUGGAGGGGCUUGCAAUGCUCUGGAUGGAACCUGUACCUGUGCCCCAGGCUGGAGAGGAGAAAAAUGUGAACUCCCUUGCCAGGACGGCACAUAUGGUCUGGACUGUGCUGAACGCUGUGACUGCAGUCAUGCAGAUGGUUGUCAUCCAGCCACGGGUUACUGUCGCUGCCUACCAGGAUGGUCAGGCAUUCAUUGUGACAGCGUAUGUGUGGAGGGACAGUGGGGUCCAAAUUGUUCAUUGCCUUGUUACUGCAAAAAUGGAGCAUCCUGCUCUCCGGAUGAUGGAAUCUGUGAGUGUGCACCAGGAUACAGAGGCACCACUUGUCAGAGAAUUUGUUCCCCUGGGUUUUAUGGACACCGCUGCAGCCAGACAUGCCCUCAGUGUGUGCACAGCAGUGGUCCUUGCCACCAUAUUACUGGUUUAUGUGACUGCUUACCUGGAUUUACAGGAGCCCUCUGUAAUGAAGUAUGUCCCAGUGGCAGAUUUGGCAAGAACUGCAUUGGAAUAUGCACCUGCACCAAUAAUGGAACUUGUAAUCCUAUUGAUAGAUCUUGUCAGUGUUACCCUGGCUGGAUUGGUAGCGACUGCUCUCAGCCUUGCCCACCUUCCCACUGGGGACCCAACUGCAUCCACACGUGCAACUGCCAUAAUGGAGCUUACUGCAGUGCCUAUGAUGGGGAGUGCAAAUGUACCCCAGGUUGGACUGGCCUUUACUGUACACAAAGAUGCCCCCUAGGAUUUUAUGGGAAGGACUGUGCAUUGGUAUGCCAGUGUCAGAACGGAGCUGACUGUGACCACAUCAGUGGGCAGUGCACUUGCCGCACCGGGUUCAUGGGGAAGCACUGCGAGCAGAAAUGUCCUCAAGGUACCUAUGGGUAUGGGUGCCGGCAGAUAUGUGACUGUCUGAACAACUCAACCUGUGACCACAUUACAGGAACAUGUUACUGCAGUCCAGGCUGGAAAGGUGCCAGGUGUGAUCAAGCUGGUGUAAUUAUAGUGGGAAACUUGAACAGUUUAAGUCGUACCAGUUCUGCCAUCCUUGCUGAUUCUUACCACAUAGGGGCUAUAGCAGGCAUCAUCAUUCUUGUCCUGGUUGUUCUUUUCCUGCUAGUGCUCUUCAUAAUUUACAGACAAAAGCAGAAAGGCAAAGAAACGAACAUGCCUGCAGUGACCUAUACCCCAGCAAUGAGAGUCAUCAGUGCAGAUUACACCAUUUCAGAAACCAUUCCUCAUAGUAAUGGUGGAAAUGCUAACAGUCACUACUUCUCUAACCCUAGUUAUCAUACUCUAACCCAAUGCACUACCCCACCUCAUGUCAACAACAUGGACAGACUGAGUCUGGCAAAGGCAAAAACCAAUCAUCUAUUUGUGAAUCUUAAAAAUGUGGAACCUGGAAAGCGACGCACUGUCUUGGACUAUACAGGAACUCUGCCUGCAGACUGGAAACAUGGUGGCUACCUCAAUGAGCUUGGUGCUUUUGGACUUGAUAGGGGAUAUUUGGGAAAGUCCCUGAAAGAUCUAAUGAAGAACUCAGAAUACAAUUUAAGUAAUUGCUCUUUAAGUAGUUCUGAGAACCCAUAUGCUACCAUAAAAGACCCACCAGCUCUUGUACCAAAAAAUUCAGAAUGCGGAUAUGUUGAAAUGAAGUCACCAGCACGCAGGGACUCCCCAUAUGCAGAGAUUGCCAGCUCUGCUUCAGCCAAUAAGAACGUUUAUGAAGUUGAACCUACAGUGAGUGUUGUCCAGGGAGCAUUCAGCAGCAGUGGACGUUUCAGCCAGGAUCCUUAUGAUCUUCCAAAAAACAGCCAUAUUCCAUGUCAUUAUGACCUGCUACCAGUUCGAGAUAGCCCCACAACCUCUACAAAGGAGGUCAGCAGUGAAUGACACCAAAAGCUGAUGUGUGCACAGUGGGACUCCAAAGGGGCAAAGUGGCAUUGUUGUGCUCCUUCCUCUAGUUUACCUUUAUAUUUGGCUUCUAAUCUGUCCAGCAGAGAAUUGCUGGACUGCAGAAUCUCUACAUGAGGUUUGUAUUGUGUAUGCAAGUGACAGAUGGACAAAUGCCACACUCUGGGGAUCCUGAUCAUUCAUUUUUUCAUGGCAGCAAA